UUUGUGGCGUUGUCAUGUCUGGCUUCAUUAGCUUUGCUUAUCUUAACACAUGGCGGCAUUUGUCAUAUUGCGUAGGAUGUCAACAGUAUUAAAGUAGUAAAUACAACGUAUUGCAGUUUUUAGGUGUCAGUGUGAGACUUUUAUUAGUAGUUUUAGUUUAUUAGUCGCUGUUUUGAUCAUGGCGGCAGCGUGGACAGCGCCGCAGGGGCAAGUGGGUGAUCUAAGGAGCAAGAGUAAAGAUGAGCUCCUUGAGAUGCUGUCACGACAACAGAAGUUACUUUCUAAUAAGAGAUUUGUUCAGAGGCUCCCUGAUAAAGGAAGGAAGAUUGCUGACUUUUUGGAGAAAGUAAAUCUUGCUCUUGGACAUCUGGAGGAGGAAGAGCAGAAACAAGCAAGUUUAGUGUCUGCCCGAGCAGAGUUUCAAGCUAAAUAUCAGCAAGCCCUUUCCAAUCGAAGUACAGAUUUAGACUCAACUUUGGACAUCUCAUUCCUCGACAAAAAUGAAGCGGAUGAGAACACUAAUGUUCAAAAAAUACCGUUUGACCAAAAUAGGUCUUCAGCAUCCCAACCACAGGCUGCCACUGACACACUAGGAACAGCCUGUGAAAAUGCACCAGCGUUGCUGAUGCAGGACACAGGACUUGUGGAGGCAUUUGAACAAUUUACACUUGCUAAGAGUAACAAUGUCUCGCAUCAAGACAAGACAAAACUGCCUUCUAGUAACACCAUUCUGGGUAGUCAACCAAUGAAGAAGCCACAUUAUAUAGAAGUCCUGGAGAAGACAGAGAAGAGUGAAUAUUCAAGAAAGGCAAGAUUCAAACCAAACCAAAUAACAGUAAAAUCAGGAUCUUCAUCACCUAGUCACAGCUCUGGCAGUACCACACCACUUACUGCAGAAGCCAGAAAACUGCAAGAGAGAAAGCACCUGGAUGACAUCACCUCAGCUAGACUUCCACCCCUGCACCACAGUCCUGCCCAGCUGCUCUCAAUAGAGGAGUCAACUGACCUUCUGCAAGAGCAGACCAGAAAGUAUGAGGAGUUGCAGGCCAAGCAAGCUGCCCAGAAGCUGGCAGAUGGCCUUAGUAUCAGGAUGGAGAGCUACAAUCCAGAAGGAGGCCCAAUGACAGCCUACAGAGAGGUGCAUGAUGAUGGCGCCAUUGAGGAGGACUGAUUAUGGGGCCCUACAGGGAGGGCACUCGCUUAGUGAUAUGUUUGGCCCCUUGCCCCGGACUAGCUCUAGGCCUGGAGCCCAUGCUUCAGGACCCUGGAGAGAGGCUUUCAGCCUGUGGACAAGAGAUGGGCUCUUCAUGAACUGCAAUGACAAUGUCUUCAGAUAGAGAAUAGAAAGCAGCUUUUCCCUAUGAGGAACACCGGGUUUAAUCCAGUUUAUGGUGAUUGUGUUAAUGGAGACUGCUUGACUGUUUUCGCCAGUGGAAUGUAACAAAAUAAGAGCAAUAGAUCACCUUGGCAAGCUGAUGGGGAAAAACCAUGUUUAGAUUCUUAACUGAGGAAACGCCACACCUUGAUUAUUUAGAAUAAUUCAAUUCUAAACUUUGAUAAGCCAAGCCUUUAAAGGUGUGGUUCCUUGAUGAUGAUGUAAUAUUUUUGUGUAACCUUACUUUAUAUUUAUGCACAAUAAAAGAG